AUGGACUCGAAACAUUGGAAUCCUGAAAUGAAAAAGAAGGCUCAGAUCUACUUCAAGGCUUUCAACACACUCCAGUGCGGGCUAACAAAGGAAGAACUGAACCGCGUUGGUCCACACGAAAAUGCAAAGGAGAUGUGGGAUAAACUCAUCGAAUUGCACGAGGGAACCAAUGAUGCUAAUAAAGGAGAAUCUACAAGUCAACUUCAUGCAAGAAUAAAGGACAUUCUCAACGAACUUCACACCAUCAACCACCAGAUGGAGAAUCGUGACCUGAUAAGGUAUGCCCUAAAUGCGUUUCCCCGAAAUGCACUAUGGGCAUCCAUCAUGGAUGCCUACACAAUUUCGAAGAACCUAUCUAAAUUGAAAUUGGAUAAAUUUCUUUGUGAACUUGAACUCCAUGAAUAG